CCACCGGGGACGACCUCAGAGACCUGUGUGGUGGAAGGAGACCCUCACUACCACACAUUCGACAAGCAGCUACACAACUUCAUGGGCACCUGCACCUACACCCUCUCCAAGCUGUGUGAGAGCAACAGCUCCCUGCCCUAUUUCAACGUGGAAGCAGCCAACGAGCACAGGAGAGGCAACACUCGUGUGUCCUACGUCCGAUACGUGGAUGUCGAUGUGGCUGACCAGCGGAUAAGGCUGGGGCAGGGUGGAGUGGUGACGGUGAAUGGAGUGGCAGAGAUCCUGCCUUGCAGCCCAUCCGCAGGUGUGCAGGUCUUGUCCAGUGGGUUCUACACUAUGGUCAUGACAGACUUUGGCUUGAGAGUGAAGUUUGAUGGGGUCCAUCGGGUGGAGGUGACACUUCCAAGCACCUUUGGGCAGAAGGUUUGUGGCAUGUGUGGGAACUACAACGGGAUGGCAGCAGAUGACUUCCUGAACCCAGAAGGGAUGCUGGAGCCAGACUCUACCAGCCUGGGCAACAGCUGGGAGGUGUCCAAAAACAGCAGCUGCUCAGCCGGACCGCUCCCCACCCCAGCCUGCAAUGACACGGACAAGCAGGUGAUCGCCAGCAGCCGCUUCUGUGGGCUCCUCAUUGACACCAGUGGCCCCUUUCAGAUCUGCCACGCUGUGCUGAGCCCCAGCAGUUACUUUGAGACCUGCUCGUAUGACCUGUGUGAGCUGGGGCUGGACCAGGAGACCCUGUGCAAGAGCUUGCAGUCCUAUGCGGAUGCCUGUCAGGCGCUUGGGGUCCAGAUACCUGUGUGGAGGAACACAACCUUCUGCCCGAUCACCUGUCCGGCCAACAGUCACUAUGAGCCCUGUGCUGCUGCCUGCCCUGCCACCUGUGUUGACCCAAUGGCUCCAGUCACCUGCAGCCUGCCGUGCGUGGAGGGCUGUGUGUGUGACAGCGGGUACCUGCUCUACCACGACCAAUGUGUGCCCAGCCAGCAGUGUGGGUGUUGGCACAAUGGGCAGCACUACCCCGUGGGCUCUGAGUUCUGGACGGACAACAGCUGCUCCUCCAAGUGCACGUGUCCCGCACGGGGAAGCAAAGUCCAGUGUUUCGAAGCCUCAUGCCCUGCGGGCCAGUACUGCGGGGUGCAGGGUGGGAAACCCGUGUGCCUCGAACACUCCUACGGCAUCUGUCACGUCCACGGGGACCCUCACUACAACACCUUUGACAAGGUGACGCACAACUUCAUGGGCAACUGCACCUACACCCUGGCCAAAGUGUGCUCCAACACCACCUCCCUGCCCUACUUCAAUGUGGAGGCCAAGAACGAGCAUCGUGGCAACACCAGGGUGUCCUAUGUGCGUGAAGUGCUGGUUGAGGUGUACGGACAGCGCAUUGCCAUCCUCAAGCAGGAGAAGAGCCAAGUGCUGGUGAACGGUGUGCGCCAGACCCUGCCGGUGAGGGCAGCGGGAGGUGCGAUCACGGUGAGCAAGAGCGGCCGCUACGUCGUCCUGGAGACAGACUUCAGCCUCAGAGUGUCCUACGACACUGACCACUCGGUGGAGGUGAAGGUGCCCACCACCUACUUCAACCUGACCUGUGGCAUGUGCGGGAACUUCAACAACCGGAGAGACGACGAAUACAUGAUGCCAAACGGGCAGCAAGCCGCAGACUCCAAUGCACUGGGGGAGAGCUGGCAGGUCCCAGACAGUGACCCCUCUUGCGGUGUCCCCGUCCCCUCCCCACCCUGCAGUGCAGAGGAGGAGGAGCUCUACAAGUCGGACCGCUUCUGUGGCAUACUGACCAGCAGGCCCAGCUCUUUUGAGACGUGCCACAGCGUGAUCAACCCCCAGAGCUACUUUGACACCUGCCUCUACGACCUUUGUGCCCUGAAUGGUGGCCAGGAGUUUCUGUGUGCUGCUCUGGAGGCCUAUGCUGACGCGUGCCAGGCAGCUGGCGUGACUCUUCUGCCCUGGAGGAAUGCCACCUUCUGCCCCUUGAAGUGUCCUUCCAACAGCUCCUAUGACCCUUGCAUGACCGGCUGUCCUGCCACCUGUGUUGACCGACAAGCCCCACAGAACUGCUCCAAGCCCUGCGUGGAGGGCUGUGCGUGUACCUCUGGCUUCCUCCUCAGCGGAGACACCUGUGUGCCCGAGGCCCAGUGUGGCUGCCUCUUUGAGGACAACUACUACAGCGAAGGCGAGUACUCCGUGAACGAGAAUUGCACUCGCCGGUGCCGGUGUGAAGCCAACGGCCAGAUGGUUUGCUCUGCCUUGUCCUGUGGCGAGGAGGAGGUCUGCAAGAUCCAGAACGGCCAGAGGGACUGUUACCCAGCCAGCACUGCGCUCUGCCACAUCUACGGUGACCCGCAUUACAGCACCUUUGAUGGGAAGCUUCACCACUUCCAGGGCUCCUGCAACUACACCGUUGUGACAGGCUGUGACAACUCCUCCAUCGGGUUCAGUGUCACUACCCGCAACGAACAUCGUGGCAGCCAGAGCUGGACAGCUCUGAACUCUGUGGCACUGUCCCUGGAAGGCCUCCACGUUGCACUGCGCAAGCGCAAGGCCGUCUACGUCAACGGUGCUCUGGUCUCCCUGCCUGCUUCUCCUGCCCCCGGUGUGACCAUUUCCCUGAGCGGCUCCUACGUGCAUGUUUCCACCAAACUGGGCCUGCAGCUGCAGUUCAACGGGGACCACGAGCUCCUCGUGAAGGUGUCUGAGAAGCACAAGGGCAAACUCUGUGGGCUGUGUGGGACGUACACUGGGAGCCAGCAGGAUGACUUCAUGCGCCCUGAUGGAGUUGUCGUGCCCGACUUCAAUGACUUUGGAGCCAGCUGGAUGGUGCCGGAUGAUGAGUGGCUGUGUGACCCAACCAUCGGCCCGCCUGUGUCCUGCUCCCCUGCUGAGGAGGAGGCAGCUAACAAGCAGUGUUCAAUCCUCACACAUCUGGGUGGCCCGUUCCAGCCAUGCCAUGCAGUUCUGCCGCCCCAGACCUACUUUGAGAGCUGUGUCUAUGACCAGUGUGCCACGGGAAACAGCACGGAGCAGCUCUGCAAUGACCUGGGGGCCUAUGCCACAGCCUGUGCAGAGGCAGGCAUUACCCUGGGAGACUGGAGUGCUGGCACUGUCUGUG